UUUCAGAAUAUAACUCCGGAAAAAUCCGGCAUCAUAGCAGGAAAUCCUACUAACAACUUCUACAUCAUGGUGUAUACCCUAUCUGCUGUGGGAUUUUUCGUAGGAAUCUUGGUUAAGACCUACUUGAUGGUUCAUUUUACGCUCAAAUCAUCCUCACAUCUCCAUGACAAAGUGUUUCAGAAAGUUUGUCGGGCUCCGAUGGCAUUUUUUGACACUACACCCACCGGUAGGAUUCUAAACAGGUUCUCCAAAGACCUUGAUGAAAUAGACAUCCAUCUUCCAUUCAACGUUGACGCAUCGUCACUGAACAUUGUUCGUAUUUUCAUUUCCAUUGGCAUGAUCGCGACAGUGUUUCCUUGGUUUCUUCUGGGCCUGGCUCCCCUGGUUGUAGUUUUCCUCCUGAUUAAUGUGAUCUUCAACCGAUCGUCUCGGCAGCUCAAGCGCAUGGAUGGAAUAACUCGCUCGCCAAUGUAUUCGCAUUUAACUGCCACAGUACAAGGUCUGUCCACUCUACACGCCUAUAAUAAAAUGACCGAGUUCAACGCAGUUUUCAAGCGCUACCUUGAUCAGAACACAAGGCCUUUUUUCAUGUUUUUCUGCGCGCAGCGCUGGCUGGCGGUUCGUCUUGACAUGCUGACAAUCUGUAUAGUUUGCAUAGCAGGUCUAAUGGUGGUGCUUAUCAAGGGAACUCUACCUCCGGCAUUUUUGGGCCUCGUGUUGACGUACUCGCUGAGGAUGACAUCCUUGCUCCAGUUCACUGUUCGGCAAGUGGCAGAAACAGAGGCGCGGUUCACAAGCGUCGAGCGAAUCAGCUAUUAUAUCCGCUCAGUGCCUAGUGAGGCCGAGCUGGAAAUCCCGGAUAGGAAACCCUCACCUGAUUGGCCAAAUAAUGGAGUGAUAAAGAUGUCAGGUGUUAAGAUGCGAUAUCGCGAUGGUUUGCCUCUGGUGUUGGACGACAUCAACUUUGAAAUCCGGAAGUGUGAGAAGAUUGGCAUUGUCGGACGAACAGGUUCUGGUAAAUCCUCUCUCGGGGUGUUGCUAUGGCGAUUAGUUGACCCUGAAGAGGGCAGGAUGCAUAUUGAUGAUGUUGACGUACGUCAGAUAGGUUUGGAAGAUCUUCGCUCCAGGAUAUCAAUUAUCCCUCAGGACCCGGUGCUAUUUGUUGGUACUGUCAGGUACAACUUGGAUCCAUUUAAGGAACAUAGUGACAGUGAACUAUGGACUGCCCUCGAGAGAGCACAUCUCCGAGAAAUGGUGGACAGUUUGCCUGCUCAGCUCAUGGCACCAGUGUCUGAAAAUGGCGAAAACUUCUCCGUGGGUGAACGCCAGUUGAUCUGUAUGGCGAGAGCUUUGCUCAGGAAUAGCAAGAUUCUAUUACUUGACGAGGCUACAGCUUCCAUCGAUCCGGAAACAGACUCAAAGAUCCAAGACACGAUCCGUAAGUCGUUUAAACACUGCACUCUUCUCACGAUAGCUCAUCGCCUACACACAGUGAUGGAUUCUGAUCGGAUCCUUGUCAUGGAUCAUGGAAAGAUUGCAGAAUUUGACACUCCAGCUGCUUUGCUUGCAAAUCCAAACUCGAGUUUCAGUAGACUAGUGCAGGCCAUGGAAAUAUCAGAAGACGACCAUUAUCUUGUUGAGUAAUUAUAACACCAUAGCUGGCCCAAUACACCCAUCUGGUGAAGCCAAAUCACAGCUUGAGACAAGAAGUUGAGAUCCAGAUUCCAUUUGCAAAGAUACGCAGUAGUAGUGAGGCUUUCGCUAUAAGAGAGGCCCGACAUGCCACUAAAUAUAACUAACUUUUUUCCAGGUGAACCGAUUAUAGUCUUGCCACAGCCUAAAUCACUCUGAUGAUAGAAAUGCAUUGCUUUACUGAACACUUCGUUGUUAAAUUCCUCAAUCUUACUGCUCCAGAACCACAGUAAAUUAUCGUAUCGAUUGCUUCACCUGUGAUAAGCUAAACAUAACUCACCGGUUUUCUUGUCUCUUAACGGCGGAUGAACUCUUAAUUCGUCAAUUCGGAAAGCAACACUUUAUGUGAUACUGGCUUUUCACUAGGAUUUUUACAGAGAUUUAUUAAGAAACAUUAUACACAUAUACAAAACAAUAUACCUAUAUGUACAACAUGCUUUUGAAAAAUAUGAAUAGCUUAAUAUUUUUAAGACUGGAUCAAUAGCUGGACCUCUACUAGGUUCUAAGUGAUAUUAAAGUAACACUUCCUAGAA